AUGAAGAUCAAAACGAAUUCGAAGCAGCUUAAGCUCUCCGUUCCAGUUCAGGAACCCCCGAUCUCUUCCUUCUUGACUGCAAGUGGAACGUUUCACGAUGGAGAUUUUCUUCUGAAUCAGAAUGGGCUUAAGCUGAUUUCAGAUGAGAAGCAACCAAAGCAUUUUGAUAGUAAGGAGCUUGAUUUCGAACUCACCCCUGAAGAUCUGGAGACUGUGAAAGUCAUUGGGAAAGGCGGUGGUGGAGUUGUACAACUAGUUCGACAUAAAUGGGUUGGCAAAUUUUUUGCUAUGAAGGUCAUCCAGAUGAAUAUACAAGAGGAAGUCCGUAAGCAAAUCGUACAGGAGCUUAAGAUAAACCAAGCAUCGCAAUGUCCACAUGUAGUAGUCUGCUACCACUCUUUCUACCACAAUGGAGCAUUUUCUCUUGUUCUUGAAUACAUGGACCGUGGAUCUCUCGGUGAUGUGAUCAGACAAGUCAAAACAAUUCUUGAACCGUAUCUUGCUGUUGUUUGUAAACAGCCAGAGAGAAUCAGCGGGAGCACAUAUGACUACAGCAGCGACAUCUGGAGUUUAGGCAUGUCAGUACUAGAAUGUGCCAUUGGGCGUUUCCCUUACUUACAAUCAGAAGAUCAAAAGGACCCGCCUAGCUUUUACGAGCUCUUGGCUGCAAUCGUAGAGAAUCCACCACCAACUGCUCCUUCUGAUCAAUUCUCACCUGAGUUUUGCUCCUUUAUAUCAUCCUGUCACUUCCAGUAUUUUUGUGCGUCUUUGAUUGAACAUUCUUGCGUUUUUCAGAGCCAUCCGUUCAUCAAGAAGUUCGAAGACAAGGAUAUUGAUCUUGAGAUUCUUGUCGGAAGCCUGGAAGAACCACCUGUGAACUACCCUGAUUAA